AUGAUGGACUGUGAUCAUCUUUUAAGGCUUGGAAUGACUGCAAAAAAGAUAUUGGAAAACGGGAAAGGGAUUCUCGCGGCCGAUGAAACCCCAAAGACGUUGGGCAGAAGAUUUGAAAAGCUUGGGAUCACGAAUACCGAAGAGAAUAGAAGGAAGUUCAGAGAAAUACUAUUUAGCACUAAGGGAAUUGAAAGGUACAUUGGCGGGGUUAUCCUAAAUCAAGAAACAUUCGAGCAGACAAGUGGAAGUGGAGUGCCACUAACAGAGCUGCUAAAGAAAAAGGGCAUCGAAAUAGGCAUAAAGCUCGAUAAAGGGCUGAUAGACUACAAGGAAAAGGAAAAGAUCUCUGUAGGGCUUGAGGACUUGGACCUAAGGUGCAAGUCGUCGGCAUUCAAAGACGCCACAUUUGCCAAGUGGAGGUCUCUGUUCUACUUCUACGACGGAAUUCCCUCGGAAGACUGCAUCAACGAAAACUGUUCCAUCCUGGCAAAAUACGCAAUAAUAUGCCAGAAGAAUGGGCUUGUCCCGAUUGUGGAGCCUGAGGUAUUUCUUGAAGGGGACUACAGCAUGAAGAGAUCAUACGAGGUAACCAGGCAGAUAUUAAGCACUCUAAUGAAGUACUUAAACUACGAAUUGGUUUACAUCCCAGGAGUACUCAUUAAGGCAAGCUAUGUCACGUCCGGACAACUUAGCAACGAAAAAUAUACGCCAAAGAAGGUUGCCACCUUCACACUCAGGGCUCUUCUCUCAACCAUUCCCUGUGGAAUUCCAGGCAUCGUUUUUCUGAGUGGUGGACAUGGCUCGGAAGAUGCAAUAGGCUUUCUCAAUGCAAUAAACAUGGAAAGAGGAUGCAGAACAUGGAGCUUGAGCUUUAGCUUUGCGAGGGCGUUGACAGAUGGAGUUCUAGAAACAUGGAGGGGAGAUGACUCAAAUAUUGAAGAAGCACAGAAAAUAUUGCUAGAGACAUCGUUCAAAGCUUGUAGGGGAGCAGAGGGAAAGCUGUGGGAUCAGGAGUAA